AUGAUCUAUCUCAAAUAUGUUUUACGUCUAUUCUUUAUAGUCAGUGCUACUCCUUCAUCAAUCUUACCCCUUAGAGGGCAGCAGCUUCAUAUCAGAUACCCUCAGAGAGAAUGGAUCGCGCCUGGGAUAACAUUGGACAUGGAAGAUACAAAAAUUAUUCCAGAGAUGAGUAGCUAUGGGCUCCAUUGCCCCAUACGUUACCUACUUUUCAUGCUCGACCUGGAUGUGCAGAUACCCACCACGGGCAUCCAAAAUGUGGUUCUACAUUGGUAUCAACCAGACUUGGUCUUCGAUUGCAAUUUGAGAGAUCCACCUAAUCUCCUUGCGCCGGAUACAGAGAAUUCGUCUGAUUUUGUUGCGCCAUAUAUUGCGCCACAAGCUCCAGGUGGCUCACAUCACCGUUACGUCUUCCUUCUUUUUGAGCAGCAAUCAUCCUAUAAUUUCCCUCAUUGCUUUGAACACAUUCCCCCGAGAACAAUCGAAUCUAGAGCUGGGUUCGAUAUCAAAGCUUUCAUGCAUGCGGCCUCAUUGGGUCCACCUGUUGCAGUGAAUUACUUCUUCGGUCGGCGGAAUGUUUCCAAAGGGGACGACCCUUCGCCAUUCCCGAGUGUGACCACUACAUCCUUUCGAUCUCUGACUUGUGACACCAGUUCUACUAUUUCAUGA